CUCCAUUCUUCUCUGAAUUCAUCACCAACAUUCACAGAGGGAAUAAGGUUUCGUUCUAGUUUCUGGAACAAUGGGUUCAGAAUCCUUAACCGUUUGCGUUACAGGGGCUUCUGGUUUCAUCGGAUCAUGGCUUGUCAUGAGACUCAUCCAGCGUGGCUAUACGGUUCGAGCCACCGUUGUUGACCCAGAUAACAUGAAGAAGGUGAAGCCCUUGCUGGACAUACCAGGUGCAGAGAGCAAGCUUUCACUGUGGAAGGCUAACCUUGCAGAAGAGGGAAGCUUUGAUGAAGCCAUUAAAGGUUGCAUUGGAGUUUUCCAUGUGGCCACACCCAUUGAUUUUGAGUCCAAAGAUCCUGAGAAUGAAGUGAUAAAGCCUGCAAUAAGGGGAGUGAUAGAUAUCAUGAAAGCUUGCUUGAAGGCAAAAAGUGUGAGAAGACUAAUUUACACAUCCUCAGCCAUAACCACACAUAUUACUAAUCACCAUAAGUCUUUGUAUGAUGAGACCUGUUGGACUGAUGUUGAGUUAUGCAGAAGAGAAAAGAUGCCUGGUUGGAUGUAUUUCGUUUCGAAAACUCUGGCAGAGCAAGAAGCAUGGAAAUUUGCGAAAGAGAAUGGAUUGGACUUCAUCACUAUCCUUCCAACUCUUGUUGUCGGCGCCUUUCUGCCUCCAUCAAUGCCAUCUAGCAUAAUCACAGCACUUUCCCCUAUCAUAAGAAAAGAGGAGCAUUAUUCGAUCAUAAGACAGGGUAAACUGGUGCACAUAGAAGAUAUUUGUCUUGCUCACAUAUUUCUAUUCGAAGAGCCAAAAGCUGAAGGAAGAUACAUCUGCAAUGCAUGUGACGUCACUAUUCAUGAGAUUGCACAAUUAAUUAACAAAAAAUAUCCAGAGUACAAGGUUCCGACUGAGUUUGAGAAGAUUCCAGAUGCAUUGGUGCCUGUAAGAUUAUCUUCGAAGAAACUGAGAGACCUGGGAUUCGAAUUCAAAUACAGCUUGGAGGAUAUGUAUACUCAAGCAAUUGAUGCAUGCAGAGAAAAGGGGCUUCUUCCUAAAACUGCUGAAUCACCAUGACAUGCUACUUAAUUAAUAAAUAUAAAUAAAUAAAUAAAUAGGUUUUUAUAUUUUUCGGAUUCUUCAAUUGAUUCUUCUGUUGUGAAUUGGAAGUGAGAAUUGUAUGAUAUUAAUAUUCUCAAAUCUUGUUAA